GUGCUCGCCGCGCUCGUGCGCUCGAAUCGAUCAAUGGCAAGAUUGUCCCAGUACCUGCCCCAUAUCCACACUUCAUUCCUGCUUUGCCCGUCGCCCGUCGCCGAGGCGCCCGCCGCAUACGAGUUGCGCAUAACUUAUGGAGACUAGGUCUCCCGAGCCGCCUGCCGAGAAACGCGAGACUGCCCGCCGCAAAAGCUUCGCUGGUGGUUUCUCCAUCCUGGUUCCAUCCAACAUCUGCUGCCUAGAGGCUGGCACUCUCACACGCCAAGAAUCGAGUUUCAGUAAAUCAGGCGAGCCAAGGCAAGAUCCCGUAAUCGUAUUAUUAUUUUUUUUUUUUUUUUAUCGCCGCCGCCGCCGCCGAGCCCUACGUGCGUGUGUGUUUGUGGGUGUGCGUAUCGAACGGCGGAGACAGAGAAGGGCCGCGCCGAGAACCCAACGACCCGUCAUCCUUUGAUGACAGCAGUGAUUGGUGUCCGGGGCGCCUCUCUCUUCACUACUGGCGCGCGACUGCGGAUUUGAAGCUGGAUGGCUGCUGA